AUGACGCGUACGACGCGACUUGUGCAACUUCACUCAACCUCGAACAUGUGCAACUCACACUACCGCUUCAUAACACAGCCUGCAAUAGGUUUUCUCAUACAUAUUGACAGUGGCAGUGGGGAUGCGCUUUGCGCUCCACCUCGAGAGCCUUCGGCCUACAACCCUCUCCACACCUUUGACCUUCCCAAGGGCACCGAUAAGCAUUAUGGACAACAGUUUGCAGACAUGUACUUUUUGCGAUUGGCGCAAUUGAAGAAGUGUGUGAUGCAAAAGGCGGAGGAAGCUUGGAGCGAUUUCGAGCUAGGUGGAGAGAAGGCAACGUUUAUUGAGCGGGUGCUGGAUGUACGGCAAGGAGAGCUGUGCUGGAUAGUAGGGACCGUGUACAUGGAGAUGGCUCUGAAGCCUAACGUCUUGGACGACAUAUCCAAAGAGCACUGGAUAGCCGCACCACCACCCCGCGAGACUUACGUCUCACCCAACGGUCAAGACGAGAUGAUGUUGGAAGAUGAAUCCGGUCGCCUACGCGUUACAGGAGAAAGUCUCAAUUCACACUAUGUAACGGGCUGUAUACUGGCAGCCCUCGGCACAGAGCAAGCAGACGGCACCUUCCAAGUCAUAGCAACACAGUACGCAGACCUACCACGACAGCCUGAGCGAUGGGAGCGCGACGACUCGGCGUUAUCGCGAGCAAACAAGCCCAAGGCAAAGCGCGGCCGUUCAGGCAAAAUCGCCAUUGUCUCCGGCCUCGAAAUCACCGGUCAAGACGACGAUGACCUCUCCCUCGAUCUCCUCCUCGAAUACCUCACAGGCGAAGCCACAGGCCCACCCAUGCAAGCCACCGCUUCGCAAAUCACCCGUCUCAUCAUCGCCGGCGACUCCCUCUCGCACGCCUCCCCCAUCCCUUCCCGCGAAGACUUUGCCCUGAAGAAGAGCAAGAGCAAAAACUACGGCUACGACGCCUCCUCGUACAACGCCUCGCCCACCGAACGCCUCGACACCUUCCUCGCCGAGCUCCUCCCCACCCUCCCCAUCACCCUCCUCCCCGGGGCCUCUGACCCCGCCAACGUCGCCCUCCCCCAACAAACCCUCCACACCGCCCUACUCCCCAAAAGCAGACUCUACGCCAAUCCCCCCGCCCAAACAAACGAAACCCUGCACGGCCUCGACACCGUCACAAACCCCUGGUCCGCCGACAUCGACGGCUACCGCUUCCUCGGCACAGCCGGCCAGACCGUCGCCGACCUCCUCAAAUACGUCGACGACGUUCAGCCCCUCGAGGCCAUGGAGAUGAUGUUGCGCUGGCGCUGUGUCGCGCCUACCGCCCCGGAUACCCUCUGGUGCUACCCCUUUCAGGACGACGACCCCAUGCUGCUCAAGGACUGCCCGCACGUCUAUUUUGCGGGCUGUCAGAAUCGCGCGGCGAGUAAGCUUGUAGAGGGUCCGGCGGGCCAGCGGGUGUUGCUGGUUACUGUGCCGAGGUUUAGGGAGACGGGGCAGCUGGUUGUGCUGGAUAUGGAGAGUUGGGAGGUCGAGGUUGUGGAGAUUGGGAUUGUGCGGCCGGAUCAGUGA